AUGUCUUCAUCGAUGCAAUCUUCAUACCUCCCUGCUACCACUGGGUCCAUAGCAAAAGCUCAGGAGGCCAAGGACGCUUCGGAGUCCAUCUCAAUCCUCUACCAUGUGCUUGAGGAUCCCUCUUCAUCAGCGGAUGCACUGAGAGUAAAAGAGCUUGCCAUUACGAAUCUCACAAACUACCUCACAAAAGAGAACAGAGCUGAGGAUCUCAGGAACCUUUUGACCCAGCUCAGGCCCUUUUUUGCAUUGAUCCCUAAGGCAAAGACCGCGAAGAUUGUGCGUGGCAUCAUUGAUGCCGUUGCCAAGAUACCUGGAACAUCUGAGCUUCAGAUCUCACUGUGCAAGGAGAUGGUAGAAUGGACCCGUGCGGAGAAGCGAACCUUCCUCAGGCAGCGUGUGGAAGCAAGGCUGGCAGCCCUUCUGUUAGAGAAUCAGGAGUAUACUGAGGCCCUCACACUCCUCUCUGGACUCAUCAAGGAAGUCAGGAGGCUGGAUGACAAGUUGCUUCUUGUGGACAUUGACCUCCUGGAGAGCAAGCUCCAUUUCUCUCUGAGAAACCUUCCAAAAGCCAAAGCUUCUCUGACCGCUGCAAGAACUGCAGCCAAUGCCAUUUACGUGCCACCAUCUCAGCAGGGCACUAUUGAUCUGCAGAGCGGAAUCCUUCAUGCUGAAGAGAAAGAUUACAAGACUGCUUACAGCUACUUCUUCGAAGCAUUUGAAGCUUUUUGUUCACUGGAAGAUCCCAAGGCCAUCUUCAGCUUGAAGUACAUGCUUCUGUGCAAGAUAAUGGUCAACCAAGCUGAUGAUGUUGCAGGAAUCAUCUCAUCAAAGGCUGGCCUGAAGUAUCUGGGUCCUGAUGUUGAUGCUAUGAAAUCUGUGGCCGAUGCCUAUUCCAAAAGGUCUCUGAAGUACUUCGAAACUGCUCUCCGUGAUUACAAAGCUCAGCUGGAAGAAGAUCCUAUUGUCCACAGGCACCUUUCUUCACUGUAUGAUACUCUCUUGGAGCAGAACCUCUGCAGGUUGAUUGAGCCCUACUCUAGGGUGGAGAUUGCCCACAUUGCAGAGAUGAUUGAGCUGCCAAUCAACCAUGUUGAGAAGAAGCUAUCCCAGAUGAUCCUUGACAAGAAAUUCGCAGGGACACUAGAUCAAGGCGCUGGCUGCCUCAUCAUCUUCGAGGACAGCAAGACUGAGGAGAUCUUCCCUGCCACGCUUGAAACGAUCACGAAUGUCGGGAAGGUUGUGGACAGCCUGUACAUGAGAUCGGCCAAGAUCAUGGCCUGA